CGAACAAACAAAAACAUUACGAGUCGGACAUUGGGGAGGAUUAAUGCUGGUCUAUAUGGGAAUUUUGAGUCGACUCUAUCGUAUAUCACAUACGUGGGUGAACGAGUUGCAACAAUGCUAUGAUUUGAUCCAACCGUGGCAUUUGACGUUUGCUUCUGGAUACAAGGCUAAGGAACAGCAUCUCAAACCAGAUGUCGAUCAAGUCUGUUUACCAUCAACGUUUACCAAAGCACGUCAAGAAUCAUUAGAAAGUUGGAGUGGGCAUACUCAGAUACCCGGUAUCAUGCAAUCAUUGGUAUCAUUACCAGAACCCAAAUCGAAGAAGAAACCAACAUCCGAUGCAAAUCUAUCACACCAAAACUCUUCUUCUUCUUUGGCAAGUUUAAAUACAACAGCGGUGCCAGCGAUGAUGGGAGGGAACGGUGAUGAAGAUGAUCUUUUUGAUUUAGGAGAAGUGAUUGAACGAGUGUAAUGGAAGAAUAUGUAUGUGUGUGUAUAUAAUAAAGAAGAACGGGGCUGCUGAAAAUGUGUGGCGUGAUGUCAAGGAUAAAAAUAUGUACAAAAGGGGUUGCGUGCAAGUAAACAGGUGUCUUUUGGUAAGUAGGUGCAGUUUUGUGAAGAAAAUAGUACAGUAUCAGCCUGUAAUAGGCCGUUCGAGCAAAGUGACACUGUUGCGUUUGUACACUGGAUUAUAAUCCAACGGAUGCUGUGGUGAUGAUGGUUCAAUGGCAUCCUGCUGUUCUUUACGCCAAAAGUUAAAGUCUUUACGGAAGAUGGAUAAACUUGUAGGCUG